GAGAAAGCUUAUUCACUCAUCUCUGUCCCCACCCUCUUAUCAGCCUGGUUCUCCCUUCUCUCCUCAGUAAAUUCUUGGACUGAGUGGAGAAAAGAAACUGACUCAACAGACAAAGACCAUUUAACAAAAAGUUUGCUGAAGGAUGUCGUCUGUAAACCAGGAAGAAGAGGAGCUUCCUGCAAAUUUCACAGGCCCGAAAGGUGUAAUUAAUGACUGGCGUAGAUACAAGCUGGACAGUGUGGACCAGAAUGUCCCUCAGAGAAAGAGAGAACUGCUUAGACAAAUGUCUAAUCCACGAGAUGAUGACAAGGAAAGGCAGAACAGAAAGAUGAGCGCUCAGGAGUACGAGCUCAUCCAAAACGAGGAUGAGCGUUGCCUAAAACGCUACAGAAAACAGUGCAUGCAAGAAAUGCACGAGCGCCUGAGCUUUGGUCCCAAGUUUGAAUGCGUGCACGAGCUGGAGAGUGGAGAAGCUUUCCUGGAGGUGAUAGAAAAGGAGCAUCAUUUGACCCCUGUGGUGGUCCACAUCUACCAGCAUGGUGUCAAAGGCUGUGAGCAGAUGAACUCCUGUCUGGACUGUCUGGCUACCGAAUACCCCACUGUGAAGUUUUGUCGCAUUGAUGCUGUGGCAACAGGUGCUGCAGAGCGUUUCUCAUCUGAGGUUCUUCCUACACUGUUGGUUUACAAGGCUGGUGAAUUACUGGGAAAUUUCUUGGCCAUCACUAAAAACUUCAAUGAAGAGUUCUUUGCAACAGACGUGGAGGCAUUUCUGAAUGAAUACGGCCUCCUACCUGAAAAGGAGUUCAGUGCAUGUGCCGAUGAUGAAGAUGAUGCAGGGGAGGUGGAGUAGAGGAAGACUAAAGAUGAAGGAGGAGGGAAGAGGAUGGAGCGGUUACAUAAGAGAGAACAAAAGGAGAGGUUUAGGGGAGAAGAAACUCAGAUCCAUGGAAUAAAUAAUAAAAACACUAAACUUUCCAGCUGCAAAUUGUAAAUUAUGGCUGCAUUUAGAAGAAGCUAUGUGUAAAGAGGGGAUUUGAAGAAGUCUGUAAUUAACUACUGCUUAUUAAGAUCCUACCAUUAUACUUCAAUAAAAUACACUGUCAGUGA